AUUGUUUCCAGCACUGGCCGUGUUAGGAAGUCUCUACCGCCAUGCUGUAUGUAGACAGACAGGGACGGACCUGUGGCUUCAUGGAUCUAGAAGAUCCUGAACAAAACAGCCGCUUCUUCCGUCGGUAUUUCUUGAUUGACCAAGACAAAGGCAUGUUCCUCUGGUACAUGGAUAAUCCUUCUAAUCUACCGGACGGAACAGCACAUGUAGAUGCCAUACAGUUGUCAUUGAUUUCAAAUGCGAGAGAUGCCAGUAAACAAAGACCAAAAGUACAAUUCUGCUUUGUGGUGAGUGUACCUUCAAGGAAUUACUACUUCAAAGCUGACAAUCAGCAGGAUCUAGAGGAGUGGGUGCAAAGUCUAAACAAGGCUUGCAGAGUCACGGUGCCCGUGACUGACCCCUCCAAGGUGGCCGCACCGCUCAAGCUGGACCUCAGCAAAGCCAACAGUCAAGCCAACUCGUCCCCUAAGUCCCCGGUCCGGGGGUUGAGCUACACGACGGAGAUCGUCGGGGGAGUGGUUCACCGAAAAGCUGUGGAGACCGCACACAGUGAUACAGACAGUGAGGAUGAGAGCGCCGGUCUCAGGACCCGAUCCUGGCCCCGGUCUGUCUCCCCUACCGGUGGGGACGACAAAAGUCUGACCAGAAUAUUCCCGGGGAGAAACGUGAUCAAGGCCGGCUGGUGUGUCAAGCAAGGAGCAUUGAGGAAAAGUUGGAAGAGGAGAUUUUUCAUUUUGGAUGAGCAAGGGCUGGCAUACUACAAAUCCUCAACGGAUAAACUUCCCUUGAAGACAAUAUCAAAGAAGGACAUUACCGUCGCCAGGAUAUCGGAUAUAGGACCAACUCUUCAAAGAGACAACUUGUUAGAAAUAGUCAGCUCGUCAAGAACGUUUUUUGUACAGGCUUACUCCCCCGAUGACAUGGCCGAGUGGAUCAACUCUAUCAACGAAGUCAAAAACCCCAAACGAGCCAGCGCCCCGCAAGCAAGUCUGAAAUUCGCCCUGGUCUCCAAACUCCUGGACAGUAAGCGGAACGCGCCGGGCGACGGCAAAGUCAAGUCGCCACGGACCCCUCAAGGAAACGAGCACACCGUCAGAUACGUUAAACCGCACAACAUCGAGAUCCGGGUAGACAGACCGCCCGAAGACAAAACAGACCCCGCUGUCGACCCUUGGGAGAAGGACACAAACAGAGCAGAAGGCCAGGAAUCCGUCGGUAGCAGCGCAGAUACAAAGGAGAUCAUCAUGGAUUUUGUUCAGGGGCCCGAAACCAGUCUCUAAUACUUCCAGCAACUCGCAUUUCCCUCACAAUGGCCCUAACCCUCCCAGAUCCUUCCAAAUCCAGGGUUGGAGGAUUUGGCAGGAUCUAGGAAUGCAUUCCAGCCACUGAACUUGACUUAAAACUUGGUAUGUACAACGAGAAUACCAUUGGGUUCAUGCACUUUCAAAGAUUCAGGGACGUUCCAAUCACAAUGACCCUAACCCUCCCAGAUCCUUCCAAAUCCAGGGUUGGAGGAUUUGGCAGGAUUUAGGAAGGCACAUUCCAGUCAGUGUUACUUGACUUGAAACUUGGUAUGUACAACGAAUAUUCCACUGAGUUCCUGCACUUUCAAAGAUUCAGGGACGUUCCAAUCACAAUGACCCUAACCCUCCCAGAUCCUUCCAAAUCCAGGGUGUGAGGAUUUGGCAGGAUUUAGGAAGGUGCAUUCCAGCCAGUGUUACUUGACUUAAAACUUGGUAUGUACAACGAAUAUUCCAUUGAGUUCCUGCACUUUCAGAGAUUCAGGGAUGUUCCAAUCACAGUGACCCUAACCCUCCCAGAUCCUUCCAAAUCCAGGGUGGGAGGAUUUGGCAGGAUUAAGGAAGGAACAUUCCAGCCAGUGUUACUUGACUUAAAACUUGGUAUGUACAACGAAUAUUCCAUUGAGUUCCUGCACUUUCAAAGAUUCAUAGAAAACAAAUUCAAGAAAAAAAUUACAUAGGGGCUCGGUGUACCUUAAGAAAAGUAAACAAGCAGGAUCAAUAGUCUGGCCCCCUUUGAUGCUAAGAGGGACCUCAUAUUCUUUUUACAUCACAGUAGGUAACUAGACACACAAGGCUGCUGUUUGAGUUUAUUGAACAGAGUCAACCAUCUUGAAUUUUUGAACAGUCGGAAGGUUCAUUCCAAUAUAGUCAGGUGCUGAUAUGAUGGUGUGUUAUUCAAUCAUUCCAUCUUUAGGAAACUAGACUGAUUGUUUUACAAUAAAAGUAGAUUUGUGUUUUUUAUUGUUGGUACAGAUCGUAAACCAUUCCAUCCUAGGAAACUAGAGUGAGGCUUAUG